GUAAUUAUCGAAACAAGAUUGAGUUGAUCAUGUUCAACACGUCACUGCUACUUACACCCCCCAAAACAAAACCGCACACUCCAUCUUUCUUCUUCAAUCUUUCUCUGUGAUUGUUACAGAUCAAAUUUGGCUAUGUCAUCUACUCACCAUUUCAACCAUGAUUCACUCCUCCGUUAUUGUUCUUCCAACGUUUCUGGCUUCCCUAUUUCACCAACUCACUUCAAUCUCUCUCAGUUUGGACAUGGACAGUCAAAUCCAACAUACUUGAUGGAAGUUGGUUUGAAUGGACCAAUUGUGAAGAAAUAUGUUCUUAGGAAAAAGCCACCUGGGACAUUGUUGGCUUCAGCUCAUGCUGUUGAAAGAGAGUUUCUGGUUCUCCAGGCUCUAGGCAAUAAUACCAAUGUUCCAGUCCCUAAAGUUUUCUGUCUGUGCAAUGAUUCAACUGUUAUUGGAACACCAUUUUAUAUCAUGGAGUAUUUGGAAGGACGGAUAUUUAUUGAUCCCAAAUUACCAGGUUUGGCGCCAGAAAGUAGGAGGGCGAUUUAUCGUGACACUGCUAAAACCUUAGCUUCUUUACAUUCUGCUAAUGUGGAUUCUGUUGGUUUGGGAAAUUACGGGCGACGUAAUGAUUAUUGCAAAAGACAGAUUGAGAGAUGGGCUAAGCAAUAUGUCUCCUCAACCAAUGAGGGUAAACCUGCAAGCAAUCCAAAAAUGUUUGCGUUGAUUGAUUGGCUACGACAACAUAUUCCUUCUGAAGAUUCUUCAGGAGCAACAGCGGGUGUGGUUCAUGGAGAUUUUCGCAUUGACAAUCUUGUGUUCCAUCCCACAGAGGAUCGAGUAAUCGGCAUACUUGACUGGGAACUGUCUACCCUUGGUAACCAAAUGUGUGAUGUUUCAUAUAUGUGUAUGUCUUAUAUCAAAGAUAUUGGCGAAAAAGAAGUAAAGGAAGGUAUGGAACGUGCUGGAUUACCGGCAGGAAUUCCUUCCCUACCAGAAUUUUUAGCUGACUAUUGUUCUCUGGCAGGAAGAAAAUGGCCUGUUGCUGAAUGGAAGUUCUAUGUUGCCUUUUCGUUUUUCCGUGGGGCUUCAAUUUAUGCAGGAGUGUAUAAUAGAUGGGUUAAGGGUAAUGCAUCCGGUGGUGAGCGUGCUCGUUACACAGAAGUACUUGCAAAUGGACUUAUAUCAGCUGCUUGGGAAUUUAUUGAACGCAAAGUUGCGCUUCCUCAGCAUCCUCCUUCAGGUUCAAAUGCAAAAGAAUUAGUUAAGGGUAAUGCUAUUCAGGGCCUCCCGAAUGAGGGGAGGUUUGCUCCUAAUCAAAAGGUUGUAGUGCUGAGGAAUAAAAUAAUUAAGUUCAUGGAGGAACAUAUAUACCCUAUGGAAGAAGAAUUUUCUAAACUUGCUCAGUCGGAAGCACGUUGGACUAUUCACCCAGCAGAGGAAAAAUUGAAGGAGUUAGCAAAGAAAGAAGGCUUGUGGAACUUAUGGAUUCCUGUUGAUAGUGCUGCGAGGGCAAGGAAAAUUCUGUUUGAUGGGAGCGAUAAUAAUCUCUCUACUGAUUCAAAUGACUUGUUGUUAGGUGCUGGUCUAACAAAUCUCGAAUAUGGAUACCUUUGUGAGUUCAUGGGUCAUUCUGUUUGGGCUCCACAAAUAUUUAAUUGUGGUGCGCCUGACACUGGUAAUAUGGAGGUUUUAUUGCGCAAUGGAAAUAAAGAACAAAUGCUACAAUGGCUUAUUCCUUUGCUUGAGGGGAAGAUUAGGUCUGGAUUUGCAAUGACAGAACCAAAAGUUGCAUCUUCUGAUGCAACCAAUAUUGAGUGUUCCAUCAAAAGGCAAGGAGAUUCAUAUAUUAUAAAUGGGACAAAAUGGUGGACUAGUGGUGCUAUGGAUCCAAGAUGUAAAAUUCUUAUACUCAUGGGGAAAACUGACUUCAAUGCAGCGAGACAUAAACAACAAUCGAUGAUUUUAGUGGAUACUCAGACUCCUGGUGUUCACAUAAAGAGACCUUUGACGGUGUUUGGCUUUGAUGAUGCGCCUCAUGGACAUGCAGAAGUAAUAUUUGACAAUGUUCGUGUGCCUGCCACAAACAUCUUAAUGGGAGAAGGACGUGGAUUUGAGAUUGCUCAAGCUAGGUUAGGUCCUGGAAGGUUGCACCAUUGUAUGAGACUAAUAGGCGCUGCUGAGCGAGGCAUGCAACUGAUGGCUCAAAGAGCUCUUAAUAGAAAAGCAUUUGGGAAAUUGAUUGCACAACAUGGUUCGUUUAUUUCAGAUUUGGCCAAGUGCCGAGUAGAGCUAGAGAAGACUAGGUUGCUGGUGUUGGAAGCCGCGGACCAGCUUGAUCGGUAUGGAAACAAAAAAGCUCGAGGGAUAAUUGCAAUGGCGAAGGUAGCUGCGCCAAACAUGGCACUACAGGUACUUGACAUGGCAAUGCAAGUGCAUGGAGCAGCUGGUUUAUCGUCUGACACGGUCCUUGCACAUCUGUGGGCAACUGCAAGGACGUUGAGAAUUGCAGAUGGUCCGGACGAAGUCCACCUCGGUACCAUAGGAAAGUUAGAGUUAGAAUUACAAAGAGCUAAGCUUUGAGAACAAAAAGAAAGUCACCAAAUAAAAGCUCAUGAAAGGGGAAUUCAUAAUCCCUCUAAUAAAGUGUUCUGAGGGAAAAACAUAUAUAUAAGAGUUCUGAGAUGCUUUUUGGAAGCAUUAUGUAAUCUAUAGGAGUUUUUUUUUUUUUUUUUUUUUUUUUUUUUUUUUUUAUCAAAAUAAGCUUUUUCAUUGUAUAUUCCAGGUAUAUGACUCUUUUAAUUUCUUAUUAAAGAAUUACCUGGUCUCGAGUAUAAGCAAGAAAGUACAGAUGAUGUAAUUCCUAAA